UCUCACACUUCACCACUGAACUCAGCCACAGAGAGUGAGAGAGAGAGAGAGAGAGAGAGAAUCAGAGAAAUUGAGAGAUAAAGAGAGAUGGCAAGGUGGUGCAUUGUGCUGGUUGUUCUUGCCCUAGCUGCAGUUCACACUACAGCAGGUAGGAAUGUGCCUAUGCCUAAUGAUGCUGGUUUCAAGGACCAGAAGAACAUUAUCGGUGGCGCUGGUGGCUUCUCUGGAGUUGGUGACAACGGAUUGCCCUUCGGUGGUGCUGGGGCCGGAGUUGGCGGCAAUGUUGGCGGAGUAGGUGGUGGUGUUGGGAUUGGUGGAGUUGGCGGGCUAGGCGGUACUGGUGGAGUUGGUGGGUUCCCUGACUUGGGUGGUGCUGGUGGCUUGGGUGGUCUCGGUGGACUAGGCGGCACUGGCGGGUUAGGCGGCUUGGGCGGCACUGGCGGGUUAGGCGGCUUGGGCGGCACUGGCGGGUUAGGCGGCACUGGUGGUCUUGGCGGAUUGGGCGGUACUGGUGGUCUUGGCGGAUUAGGCGGUACUGGUGGCUUUGGGGGACUUGGUAGUGGCAUACUGGGUGGUGCUGGGGGCGGCGUUGGUGGUGGAUUUGGCGGUGGAAGCGGUGUUCUUCCUCAACCUUGAAGAUUUCAAGUUAAAAUGAUAUCGUAGGAUUUGUGUUUCACUGAUCACUACCUCUCUACUUUAUCAUUAGUUCAAGUCAUGUAAUCAUGUAUGGCAGUUAAACAAGGUUGUUUUAUGAUCGAGAUGAGUGUAGUAUCUACUAAGAAGAAAUGCAUGUCUGUUAUGUGUAGUA